AUGAAGCUAGAUCAAGAUGAUGGCAGUGAGUGCUUCAACAGCGAAGAUGAAUUGUCAUAUGAUGAAGACAGUGAUGGAGAAGGAAUGUCACAAUGGUUCACUGUGGGUGUGUACAACAAUGUACAUACUUGCUUACCAAUAAGGGACAACAGGCUGGUUACUAGUACAAUAAUUGCAGAGAAAUAUUUUAGGGAGAUCAAGGAUAACCCUGGUUGGAAAAUAGAGAAGAUGCAAGAGGCUGUGUUAGAAGACUUGUUAGCUGAUGUCAGUGCAUCCAAAUGCAAACGAGCAAAGAAGCUAGUGAUGGAGAGGAUUGUUGAUUCAACAAAUGGAGAAUUUUCCAGAGUGUUUGACUACCAUCUUGAACUUGUCAGAAGCAACCCCGGAAGCACAGUGGCAGUUACUCUAAAUCCUGAUGUGACUGACAAACCAGUGUUUGAAAGGAUGAUCCAGUUCAACUACAACAGGGCCAAUCUAGCACAGAAGACACCCGAGGGUGCAAAGGAUAUGAUGAAAACUUCUCCUGAACAUUGGUGUAGAGCAUUUUUUAGGCUUGGUUCCUACUGUGAUUCCGUGGAAAAUAAUCUAUGUGAGUCAUUCAACAACGCAAUCAUGAGACAGAGAUUUUAUCCAAUUAUUUCUUCCAUGGAAAUCAUCAGGAGAAAGGUGAUGGCUAGAAUUGCAGAGAAUAAGGAAAAGUCAAAAGGGUGGUCUGGUACAAUAUGCCCCAAUAUAUUCAAGAAACUGAAGCUGAAUGUGAAAAGAUCAAAUAUCUGCCAAGUUUUGUACAAUGGCACUGAAGGAUUUGAAGUAAUGGAAGGGACUUGGAGAAGAUUCACUGUCAACUUGGAGAGACAAACAUGCAGUUGCAGAUAUUGGGAUCUAUCUGGUUUGCCAUGUUGCCAUGCUAUAAGUGUUAUCUACACUGUACACAAGGACUUGGAUGAUUUCAUUGCUCCAUGUUACAGGAUAGAUGUGUAUGACCAGGUAUACAGCCAUGUAUUGGAACCAGUAGAGGGAAAGGAGAGUUGGCCAGUAGCUACAAAUCAUAGGCCUUUUCCACCGGUUAAAAUGAAAAUGCUAGGAAGUCCUAAGACAGAGAGAAGAAGGGAAGAGCAGGAGAAGCCUAAAGGCAACAAAUUGUCAAGAAAAGGCUGCAUUCAAAGAUGCUCAAUGUGUGGCUCCAAAAACCAUAACAAAAGAAAGUGCAAUGGUAAUCCAGAUGUUGUGAAUGAACGUGCGCAGCAGAAUAAAGCAGCCAAGAGAAGUAGAAAAAAAGAGAUGAAGCAACAACCCAGGAAGCUAGCUCUUCUGCCCAGCAACAACAUGCGCAACAGCAAGAAAAACAUGUGCUCUAUGUCGAGAAGAAAAGUAUUUCCAAGAACCAAGCUCCAGGACAUGCCCAAGCUCCAGGACAUGCCCAACAGCAAGCUCUGAUGCGUGUCCAGCCAAGGCAGCAACCUAGGCCUUUUGUUCCACCAAAGAAGAAGCAAAAGAGAUCAUGUGAUGGAGCUGGACAAUCAAGUUCUCAACCAAUUGAUGGAGCUAGUCAAUCUUCUGCCAGUAUGCAAAUUCGAAGAACUCAAACAAUUCCAAUGUCCGAGGUAGUGACAGAACGUGUGCCAAAACGCGGGAGGUUGAAGUGGUACUUAUGUGGCAAUGAAGGUGGACAUGGACAAGAGUAGUCAAUUUCCAAUUUUGUCACUUUUUUGGUCUCAAUUUUGUCACUUGUGUCAAAUUAAAGUUAAAUGAUAGGUCACUUUGCGAUUCUGUUAUAUGAGAGUGAACUUUUAUUGUAGUGUAUAUAUGUUCUCAGAUUUAGUGUGCAAAUGCACUCAAAUAACAGGUGGUUGCCUGGAGGUUCAGUUGAUGGUCAUUGAAUAC